CUCGCCACCGCCACCGCCACCGCCACCGCCACCACCGCGGCCGCUGCCAAUGAAACUCCUCCCGCUCCUCGUGGGUUUCUCCACUUUGUUGAAUUGUUUCUAUACUCAAAAUUGCACCAAGAAACCUUGUCUCCCAAAUGCAAAAUGUGAAAUACGUGACGGAGUUGAAGCCUGCUAUUGCAACAUGGGAUAUUCAGGAAAUGGUGUCACAAUUUGUAAAGAUGAUAAUGAGUGUGGAAAUUUAACCCAGUCCUGUGGUGAAAAUGCUAACUGCACAAAUACAGAGGGAAGUUAUUACUGUAUGUGUGCACCUGGUUUCAGAUCCAGCAGCAACCAAGAUAAGUUUAUCACUAAUGAUGGAACCAUAUGCAUAGAUAUAGAUGAGUGCAGUGAAUCAGUUGUCUGUGGUGAUCAUGCAGUAUGUGAAAAUGUGAACGGUGGAUAUAACUGCUCCUGCAAGGAAGGUUAUCAGACAUCCACAGGAAAAUCACACUUCACACCUAAGGAUGGCACUUACUGUCAAGAGAAUGUGAAUGCAAACUGCCAUUUAGAUAAUGCCUGCACUGCUACAAAUAUUAAUAAAACUUUAACAAAAAUUAGACCCAUAGAAGAACCUAUGGCUUUACUACAAGAAGUCUACAGAAAUACUCUGACAGAUCUUUCACCAGUGGAUAUAAUUACAUAUAUAGAAAUAUUAGCUGAAUCAUCCCCAUUACUAGCUUACGUGAAUAACACUAUCUCAGCUAAGGACACCCUUUCUAAUUCAACUCUUACUGAAUUUGUAAAAACGUUGAAUAAUUUUGUUCAAAAGGAUACAUUUACAGUCUGGGACAAGUUAUCUGCAAAUCAUAGGAUAACUCAUCUUACAAAACUGAUGCACACUGCUGAACAAGCUACCUUAAGGAUAUCUCAGAACUUGCAAAAGACCACUCAGUUUGAUACUAAUUCAAGUGACAUAGCUCUCAAAGUUUUCUUUUUUGAUUCAUAUCACAUGAAACAUAUUCAUCCCCAUAUGACUGUGAAUGGAGAUUAUAUAAAGAUAUUUCCAAAGAGAAAAGCUGCAUAUGAUUCAGAUGGCAAUGUUGCAGUUGCAUUUUUAUACUAUAAGAGUAUUGGUCCCUUGCUUUCAUCAUCUGACAAUUUAUUAUUGGAACCUCAAGAUUAUGGUAACUCUGAAGAGGAGGAAAGAGUCAUCUCUUCAGUAAUUUCAGUCUCGAUUAACUCAAGCCCACCAACAUUGUAUGAACUUGAAAAAGUAACAUUUACUUUAAGUCACAUAAAGACCAUAGGUAAGUAUAGGAGUCUGUGUGCAUUUUGGAACUAUUCACCUGAUACCAUGAACGGCAGAUGGUCUUCAGAGGGCUGUGAACUGACGUAUUCCAAUGAGACCCACACCUCAUGCUGCUGUAAUCACCUGACACAUUUUGCAAUUUUGAUGUCUUCUGAUCAUUCCAUUGGUAUUAAAGAUUAUAAUAUUCUUACAAGAAUCACUCAACUAGGAAUAAUUAUUUCAGUGAUUUGUCUUGCUCUAUGCAUUUUUACCUUCUGGUUCUUCAGUGAAAUUCAAAGCACCAGGACAACAAUUCAUAAAAAUCUCUGCUGUAGCCUGUUCCUUGCUGAACUUGUUUUUCUUAUUGGGAUCAAUACAAAUACUAAUAAGCUCUUCUGUUCGAUCAUUGCUGGGCUGCUACAUUACUUCUUUUUAGCUGCCUUUGCAUGGAUGUGCAUUGAAGGCAUACACCUCUAUCUCAUUGUGGUGGGAGUCAUCUACAACAAAGGAUUUUUGCACAAGAAUUUUUAUAUCUUUGGCUAUCUCAGCCCAGCUGUGGUAGUUGGAUUUUCAGCAGCAUUAGGAUACAGAUAUUAUGGCACCACCAAAGUAUGUUGGCUUAGCACAGAAAACAAUUUUAUUUGGAGUUUUAUAGGACCAGCAUGUCUAAUCAUUCUUGUUAAUCUCUUGGCUUUUGUAGUUAUCAUAUACAAAGUUUUUCGUCACACUGCAGGAUUGAAACCAGAAGUUAGUUGCUAUGAAAAUAUAAGGUCUUGUGCAAGAGGAGCCCUUGCUCUCCUGUUCCUUCUUGGCACCACCUGGAUCUUUGGGGUUCUUCAUGUCGUGCACGCAUCAGUGGUGACAGCUUACCUCUUCACGGUCAGCAACGCCUUCCAGGGGAUGUUUAUUUUCUUAUUCCUGUGUGUUUUAUCCAGAAAGAUCCAAGAAGAGUACUAUAGAUUGUUCAAAAAUGUCCCUUGUUGUUUUGGAUGUUUAAGGUAAACUUAGAGAACUAUGGAUAAUUAUAGCUGCAGAAAAAUUAAACAUACAAGUUAUGGAUGACUAAUGUAUAAAAAUGACUUAAUCAAA